AUGGGAGCCAUUGUAGAAAAGGCUGUUGCCAAAUUAGACCCAAAAGAUUCUAGACUAAGCAUGAUUCAGGCCAUGCUUUCUACCUUUGGUGAAGAAAUUAAUCUAUCUCGGUUUGGCCUUAGAUAGCUAGAUGGUACACCUAUUAAUAUACCAUAUAAUAUUAAUUUUAAGGAAUAAAGAAACAUAUUAGAACAAACUUAAUAUGUGGCAAAGAAAACUGAAGUUUUGGGGAAACAUUUGUAGGACAGCCUUAAAUUUAAAAAGAAAUAUCUUCUUUAUAAAAAUUUUUUUUAAAUUUAAUUCUUAGUAGGAAAAAAAAAUAAUCUGUAAUAAGUCUAAAAUCAAAUCAGAAUUAUUCAGAAAUAUUUUAGAUAAAAAUAGAUUAAUCUUUUAAAUAUUCCAUAUAGAAAAAUAGAAGAAGAACUAGUUUUAGAGUUAUAGAUAGCUGGGAGGUUAAUAUGUAUUAAUGAGAAUGGGGUGUUGCCCAGCUAGAGCCCUUUAUUGUUCACACCUAUGUAAUUCUCUAACAAUAAAAGAUGUAUGCACUUUAUGAGAUGGAAUGAACUAGUUAAUAUCUAGAGAGAAUUUAUUGAUUAGCUGAAAGAGAUAUAUGAGAUAGGUAAACUGAAGAAAAAAGUUUAUAUAAACAUUUGGUCAGGAUAACAAUCAUAAGGUCGUGUUUAACACCCUGGAGGAUAUUUUAGUUAAUGCAUACGAACCUACAUAAUCUUUUAAAAUAAAAAAAAUUAAGAAAGAGAACUAAAAAAGAGUUAUGUUUAUAUAAAAUCGAAACAGAAUUUCCUGCUUAAAAAUAUAAAUAAUGAAGAUAACUAGGAAUUAUCAACUCUCCUGAUUUUAAAUAAAAUUUGCUUUAGGUUUAACCUAUCACUAAUAAACUAAACUUCUAAUAAAAUGAUCACCAUAUGA